AUGAAGACCACCGCUGCUUUCGUUUUGGCCGCUGCCAACCUCGUUGCUGGACACGCCACCUUCCAGAGCUUCGUCAUCGACGGAAAGAACCAGGGCCACCACUUUGCUGUCCAAACCCCCUCGAACGGAAACAACCCGAUCAAGGAUGUGACAUCCACCGCCAUGAUUUGCAAUGGUGGAAAGCCCACCGCAGACCAGGUCGAAGUGGCUGCUGGUUCCUCUGUCGGCAUGCAAUGGCACCACAAUGAUGACGGCAAAGGCAAGCCCCAAGCUCCCCCUGCUUUCCUUGGUGGAUAUUACUGA